GAUUAAUAAUAUAAUUUAAUGUAAAAAGGAAUAUUAAUCACACAUCUUCAACAUGUACGUUAAUAAAUAAUGAAUUCUACAAGUUACAAUGUAGAUUAAUAAAAAAAAGAUGAAUUUGUAAAUAAAAAAUAUAAUUUAACAAUAAUAGAUGAGAAAAAUGAGACAUACAUUGGCAAAUGGUAUAAUAUCUUCAUUUAAGGAACUCACAAUUUAGAAUCAAAUAGAGAACUAUGAUUAUAAGAAUUAUUUAAUUGAGAAAUACGUAACUUAAUUAUUUAAAUUUAUAAAUAGAAACGAGGACCUCUUCAUUUGGUUUGUGAAAAUGGAAGAUUAACUCUUGUAAGAUAUUUCAUCGAAAACAAUUUAUAUGAUAUUAAUGAGAUUUGUGAUGGUUUUACACCUUUGAGUUUGUUAACAUUAUAUUACAUAUAAACUCCAGAGAAAUGUACAUCAAUAGAGACAUUAGAAUUGAUGUUUUCUUAUGGUGCAGAUCCAUUGUUAUAUGUAGAUAAAAAUGGUAAUACUUUAAAUGAUUAUUGCAAUUAAUUAAAGUAAUAAACAGGAGAACCACUUAACUUUGUUUUAUAAUAUAUAUAGGAUAUGUAUUUUAAGAAAGAGAGAGAAUAGGCACUAAAGAAUGCAAUUUUACUAUCAUUAUGUGAUAAUUAAGAUAAUAAUAAUAAUCUAACACAUUUGUUAACAAUAGAUGAUAUGAAGCAAAUAGCAGAAUAUCUAAUUGGUCCCAUAUAAUAACAAAUUGAUUAAUGACAAU